ACUUCUCUUAAAUAAAAGCAGCCCUAAAGCAUCAUCCUCCACAACCCCCAGCCAAUUUGUUCCUCAGAAAAAAGAAAACUUACUAAAACCUUGAGUUGCACGACAAAGUAUAUAAAUUGAUAAACAAACAAAGUCUUCCUACUCAUUUAACUAAAAAGUUAUUCCACUCUCUGCCCUGGUCAAAUCCCACCGCCACCUGCCUCCACAACCCCCAGCCAAUUUGUUCCUCAGAAAAAAGAAAACUUACUAAAACCUUGAGUUGCACGACAAAGUAUAUAAAUUGAUAAACAAACAAAGUCUUUCCACUCAUUUAACUAAAAAGUUAUUCCACUCUCUGCCCUGGUCAAAUCCCACCGCCACUGCUGACUUGUCGGCUGUCUCCGCUGAUGUGUAAAAAUUGGAGCUUCCUUUGUUCUUCAAUGGUGGAAAUUAGCAACCCCAACCCACCUGGAAUUCAAUGGCGUAGCCAGGAAUGACUUGAUUGGUGGGUUAAGCUAAAAUUAUUACUAUGAAAUCAGUUUUUCAAUCUUUUGUUAUCUAUAUAAAAUUAUAUAAUAGUAAACCUGAAAGUAACAAUUGAAGCAAGAAAUUUAUACUAUGUUUUCUAAGCUUCUAGCCUCAAAACUUUCAAGUGAAAAAAAUAAGGAACAAUUUGUAGUAUAAAAGUUUUAACUUAUUACUUUUAAAUUAUAAUAUUGGUUAAAGUGAUGAAUUUAUUUAACAUUUAUUAGCUCUUAUUUUCCUCAACAGUAGCAUUCAAAAUUUUCAUUUCCCAAGUAAAAUAACCAAAAGAUUAAUAUUUAACAUUGACAAUGCUUUGUAUCCGGUUCUGUUUCUGGACUAUUUGAAGUCGGCAAUCCCAAUGUUAGGUGGUGGCGUUCCAAGAGUUGCAGCGGUCUUAGUUUUGACAUUGUUGCUCACUUACAUGAACUAUAGGUGUCUGACCAUCGUGGGUUGGGUUGCUGUUCUUUUAGGAAUUUUCUCAAUUAUUCCUUUUGUGGUUAUGGGACUUGUGGCAAUCCCCAAGGUGAAGCCCUCGAGAUGGCUAGUUGUAAAUCUACGCAAUGUGGACUGGAAUUUGUAUCUGAACACUCUUUUGGAAUCUCAACUGUUGGGACUCGAUAAGUACACUUGCCGGAGAGAUGGAUAUUUCUCAGAUAUCGCUAAAAUUAUUGGGGGAGUUUGGUUGAGAUGGUGGAUCCAAGGGGCUGCAGCAGUGUCGAAUAUGGGGAUGUUUGUUGCUGAAAUGAGCAGCGACUCCUUCCAACUUCUUGGGAUGGCAGAACGAGGGAUGCUCCCUAAGUUUUUUGGGUCGUGAUUGUGAGCCUCGUAGCUAUCUUGAUCAGCCUUGUGAUGCAGCCAUGUCUCACUUACGUUGAGAGAAAGCGGUGGAUCAAGUUCACCGUCAGUGCUGACCUCCCAGAUCUUCACGGUGCUAAUCAGGAGAGUGUUGGCUCCAUAAAACUUUAGUAAGUCCUCAAAAUAUGCAAAGCCAUUGUAUCCUCAAUCCUGUAGGUCGUUGGUGUCGUUGGUGUUGAAGCGAUGACCACGCUCAAGUCCAUAGCAGAUGUUGACUGAUAGCUAGUUAUCAUCUGUGUUUUUUAAGACGAUCGUCAAUGGAAAUGCUUGAUUAGAUGUUGAACUAUCUGUAACAUUAAUUGACUAGGGAAUUAUGUGAAUUUGGUUUAAAAAAUAUCAUGCUUGAAGGACAUUUGCAGAAACUUUGAAAUGUAAGAUGCAUGUUGUAUUAAA